GCGUCCUCCUUCGCCAUGACUUCCUACAGCUAUCGCCAGUCGUCGGCCACCUCUUCCUUCGGGGGUCUGGGCAGCGGCUCCAUGCGCUUCGGGGUGGGAGGCGCCUUCCGCGCGCCCAGCAUCCACGGGGGCUCGGGUGGCCGCGGCGUGUCGGUGUCCUCCGCCCGCUUCGUGUCCUCGUCCUCCUCCGGGGGCUACGGCGGCGGCUAUGCGGGCGCCCUGGCCGGCUCCGACGGGCUGCUGGCGGGCAACGAGAAGCUCACCAUGCAGAACCUCAACGACCGCCUGGCCUCCUACCUGGAGAAGGUGCGCGCCCUGGAGGAGGCCAACGGCGACUUGGAGGUGAAGAUCCGCGACUGGUACCAGAAGCAGGGGCCCGGGCCCGCCCGCGACUACAGCCACUACUUCAAGACCAUCGGGGCCCUGCGGGACCAGAUUCUUGGUGCCACCGUUGAGAAUUCCAGGAUGGUCCUGCAGAUCGACAACGCUCGUUUGGCUGCAGAUGACUUUCGAACCAAGUUCGAGACGGAGCACGCCCUGCGCGUGAGCGUGGAGGCCGACAUCAACGGCCUCCGCAGGUUGCUGGACGAGCUGACCCUGGCCAGGACCGACCUGGAGAUGCAGAUCGAGAACCUCAAGGAGGAGCUGGCCUACCUGAAGAAGAACCACGAGGAGGAAAUCAGUGUCCUGAAGGGCCAGGUGGGUGGUCAGGUCAGUGUGGAGGUGGACUCCGCUCCGGGCAUCGACCUAGCCAAGAUCCUGAGCGACAUGAGAAGCCAAUAUGAGAUCAUGGCUGAGAAGAACCGGAAGGAUGCUGAGGCCUGGUUCACCAGCCAGACCGAGGAGCUGAACAGGGAGGUCGCUGGCCACACGGAGCAGCUGCAGAGCAGCAAGACGGAGGUCACCGACCUGCGGCGUACCCUCCAGGGUCUGGAGAUCGAGCUGCAGUCUCAGAUCAGCAUGAAAGCUGCCCUGGACGGCACGCUGGCCGAAACGGAGGCUCGCUUCGGAGCCCAACUGGCGCAGAUCCAGGCGCUGAUCAGUGGUGUCGAAGCCCAGCUGAGUGAUGUGCGUGCCGACACCGAGCGGCAGAACCAGGAGUACCAGCACCUAAUGGACAUCAAGUCCCGGCUGGAGCAGGAGAUCGCCACCUACCGAAACCUGCUGGAGGGCCAGGACGCCUACUACAACGACCUGUCCACCCCGAAGGUCCUCUGAGUCUGGCAACCUCCUGGCCUUCCUACCCUGCUGCAGAGGGAUUCCCCUGGGUAGGGGCAUGGGAGGGGAGGGACCCUUAUCCCUGGCUCUCCCCCUGAUCUUCCAAUAAAACUUUAUGGCCCAAGG